AUGGACUUGGAGCCAGGCACCAUGGACAGCGUCCGCGCCAGGCCGUUCGGCCAGCUCUUCCGCCCAGACAAUUUCGUGUUCGGCGCUUUCCUCGCCUCCUUCGACUACUCGCUGGCUUUCGAUCUUACAGAUCCGGCCGUCGUGGAAAGACUCUUUGGCCAUUUGGGCUUGCCAGCCUCGGUGAACAGGCUCAUCGCCGGAGUCUGGCAGCACCAGAAACGAUGGGUGGAGGUGCAGGGGCACGUGCACAAUGCCCCCUGCGAGGUGACCUCCUCCAUGCCCCAGGGAGACUGUUGGAACGUCAUCGGUAUGAACGCUCUGCUGGCAGGACCCGUGGUGGACCUCAAGGCCCGGUUCCCCCAGGCGCGACAGGGCACCUGGAUGGACGACAGGAGCUGGACGACACCCACGGCAAGCAUGGCAGCAGCGCUCGGGGCUGCCUGGCGGCGGUGGAGCGCCACCCUCGGACUGAAGGAUAAUGGGAGCAAGGAGCAGUUCUCCCACCGCACGGCCGAGGGCAGGAGGGCCCUGGGGCAGCAGGCAGGCGCGGCGGCGACGGCCGUCAAGGUGGCCCCGCUGAUCCUGGGGUGCUACAUGCAGCCUGCACGCCGGGUGGGCCUGCAGGACAAGGAACAAAAACGUCUCGACGUCACGGCGGUGCGCCUGAGGAGGAUCGCCAUGCUGCCGCUGCACACGGGCGCCAGGAGGCCUUUCGUGUCAGGAGUCCUCGGAGGGGCCACGUGGGGAUGGGUUGCCCGGCGCCCGCCCGCGGCAGCGGUGGACAAGCUGGAAGCAACGGUGCGCAGAGCACUGCGGAUGCCGAAGCGGGCGUCGCCUCACCUCUUCGAGAUGCUGAUGGGCCAUUUUACCAGCGUCUUCUACCGCGCCGUGGAGGCCCAGGUGACGACGGCAGUGCGGCGGGUGGGCAAGACGCGCGCCCUGCCUGGGGCGAGGGGCGGCGUCGGCUGGCCCAAGUGCCUCUGGGAAUGGAUGCAGCAGCUGGGGUGGCAGGAAAAUGUGGGCGUUGCCGGUGGCGGCGCGGGCGCCCUGCAGGAGGGCUGGCGCUGGUGGCGCCCCGUCACGCAGGCCACCAUCAGGCUGAGGCCGGCGGAGGUCGCCCCCGUGGACAAGGUCAUGCACGACCUCCGUGAAUCGUGGAGGGCUACGAAGUACAGCUUAUGGCAGCGGCAGGCGCGGAACGACUCUUUCGUCUGCCGCCGCAUCGGCUACGACAGUCGGAGGCUGAAGGCGGCCAUCGGGGCGUACCGGCGCGAUCCUGCAGUGUUGCUCGUUCUGACAGGGGCGACAAUGUCGCCAGCAGCGUGGGCGUCGGCUCACGGAGAGGACAUCCAGUGCCCCGUAUGUGGAGAGCGGGGGGGGGGGCCACUUCCUGCAUCUGCUGUGGCAGUGCCCGGGCCUGGCCAGCAAGAGGCCGCGGCUCCCGCCCAGCGAUGCGCUGCAAGCGCGCUUGGGCUGGCCAGCGCUGCAGAACGAAGCAACUGGCGCCAACGAGGUCCUCCUGGAGUGGCACAAGCAGGUCCGGCAGGGCAUCUUCGAGCACCGCUGGGGCGUUGGCGCCAGGGAGAAGGGACAGGGAAAAGGCAAAACAGGAGGCGGCGGCGCGGCUGCCGCCCAGGAAAGGAGGAGGUAGAGGAGGAAGAAGACGCGGAGGGAGGCUGGGGAGGAGGAGACCUGGUCCAUCACGUCCUUUCUGCUUCUUUUCUAAUAAAUAGAAUUUUGGAAGAGGCCACACGUGCAUCAUCUUCACCAUUUUUGGCAAGAGGCUGA